AUGGUUCGCAUUAACAAAGCCUAUGAUCUUAAUCACUGGCUUUUGGUGCUAUUUUUCUUAGCACAAUUAUGUAUUUUUGUGUCAUCUUCUGACCCAGAAAUCCAAACCCUAUUGAAAUUCAAGUCCUUUUUGUCCAAUGACACAGCUCUAGACAACUGGAACAACUCCACCAACCCCUGCAAUGGCACCACAAACAUUUGGGCAGGCUUGUACUGUGAAAAAAAUGGCAAUGUGUACGGGUUGAAGUUGCAGAACAUGGGUCUCAUGGGCAUAAUUGAUAUCGACACCCUUACGGGUUUGUCUGCCCUUCGAAGCAUAAGCAUCAUGAACAACAACUUUGAAGGUCCUCUGCCUAGUUUGAACAAGCUUGGUGAACUCAUAGGAGUUUACUUGUCCAACAAUCAAUUCACUGGUGAAAUGCAAGAUAAUGCCUUUGAGGGCAUGAGUUCUUUGAAGAAAAUUUAUUUGAAUGGCAAUGAAUUCUCUGGAAAAAUACCAAAGUCCCUGGCUGCAUUGAGCAAGCUUUCGGAAUUGGAUCUCCAGGGGAACCAGUUCAGUGGGAAGAUACCAAAUUUUGCACAAAAUCCAAAUGGAUGGAAGUACUUCAAUAUAUCAAACAACAGGUUUGAGGGUCGAAUACCUGCAAGCCUGAGCAAUUUAGAAGCAAGCUCUUUCACUGGUAACCAAGGCUUAUGUGGAAAGCCUCUGGCCCCAUGCAAGUCCUCAAAGAAAAAAAUCCUCCUCAUCAUAGCCAUCAUAGUUGUCUCAAUUGCUGCAAUACUGUGCACCAUUGCAGCAAUUCUCUUCAUACGACGUCGUAGCGCCCAAUCAAAGCAAGAAGCAAGAGCCCAGGGGAAGCUAAAAGCCCAACACCACACAGCUGCAAUGGAGGUCCAGUUAACAGCUGAUGAAGACAACUACAAGGAGGCUGAGAAAGGAGGGGAGUUGUAUUUUGUGAGGAAGGACAGAGGGUUUGAGCUGGAAGAGUUGCUGAGGGCCCCAGCUGAGGUCUUGGGCAGUGGGAGUUUUGGGUCAUCUUACAAAGCACGGCUCUUGAGUGGGUCCAUGGUUGUGAAGAGGUUUAGGCAAAUAAACCAAGUUGGGAAAGAGGACUUCUAUGAUCACAUGAGAAGGCUAGGGAGGCUUUCACACCCUAAUUUGCUCCCACUUGUUGCUUUCUAUUAUAGGAAAGAAGAGAAGCUCUUGGUUCAUGAUUUUGUUGCCAAUGGAAGCUUGGCUAGUCAUCUCCAUGUGAAGCGAGAACCCGGGCAGCCGGGAUUGGAUUGGCCAACUAGGUUGAUGAUCAUCAAAGGAGUAUCAAGGGGCUUAGGCUACCUAUACAAAGAGUUCCCAGGCCUAACAGUACCCCAUGGCCACCUCAAGUCCUCCAAUGUCCUCCUAGACCACAACUUCAACCCCCUCAUAGCAGAAUAUGCCCUAAUACCAGUGAUCAACAGAGACCAUGCCCAAAAGUUCAUGGUGGCCUACAAGUCCCCAGAGUUCUCCCACAUGGAACAAACCUCGAAAAAGACCGAUGUGUGGAGCCUGGGCAUACUCAUCUUUGAAAUGCUGACAGGAAAAUUCCCAGCAAACUAUUUGCAGCAGGGCAAGAGGGCAAAUGCAGACCUAGCAGCUUGGGUGAACUCAGUGGUGAGAGAAGAGUGGACAGGAGAAGUGUUUGAUAAGAACAUGAAAGGGACCAAGAAUGGGGAGGGGGAGAUGCUGAAGCUUUUGAAGAUUGGGAUGUGUUGCUGUGAGAGCAGUGUGGAGGGAAGAUGGGAUUGGAGAGAAGUUGUAGACAAGAUUGAAGAGUUGAAGGAGAGGGACAGUGAGGAAGAAUAUUCUUCUUAUGCUAGUGAUGGGGAUAUGGGCUCUUCUAGGGCAAUGACUGAUGAGGAUUUCUCUUUCUCAGUUAAUGCUUGA